AUGGACCCCCAUAAUGAGCGAUGCACCGAGUUGCAGUACCCCGACCUGGUCAACUUCUCCGUUUCCGUCUUCAUCGUCUUUGGUAUUCUCGUCUCAUACCUCCCCCAGCACUACAAGAUCAUAUCCCGCCGCUCUUCCCGCGGCCUCAGUCCCAUGUUCGUUCUGCUCGGCACCGUGUCUGGCACGGCCAGUAUCGCCAACAUCCUGACCCUGCCUGAGAGCACAAGAGACAUGGCCUGCUGCAGAGAAAUCGGCACCUUUCCCUGUGCAGCGGCCAUGCUGGGAAUAGUUCAAAUAGCUGUGCAGUGGAGCUGCUUCUUCUUCAUCAUGCUACUAUUCCUCAUCUUCUUCCCCCGAGACGCCCCAUCCAUUGCAGAGGAAGAGCAGGAUUCCGAAAUGCCAACAUGGAAAGAAGCCGUCUUGGUCCUGGCCGUGUCUAUUGCCUUCUUCGUUGUUGCUCUAUUUGGCUCCGUAGUCUUCGUAUACGCCCUCCCGUCCCAUGUCCGCGGCUGGGCAAACUUUCUCGGUCUCCUCGCUACUGUGCUUGCAGCCAUACAAUACAUACCUCAGAUCCUCAUGACUUGGAAAUUGCAAGAGACAGGCAGCCUCUCCAUUCCCAUGAUGUGCAUCCAGACGCCUGGCAGUUUUGUCUUCGCUGCCAGUCUAUAUGCACGCUUAGGGCCGGCGGGCUGGAGUGCAUGGGGCUUGUUCAUCUUUACCGGCAUUCUGCAAGGCUUCCUACUAGCCAUGGGUAUUUCUUUCGUUCUGAGGGAUCGCAAAGCCCAGCAAGCCCAGAUGGUAGGUCAUGCUAACGGAAACGGGGUUUCGGAAGGUAGUGAGCGCACCCCUCUGCUAAAUGCCGUCAUGAAGUUUUCAAGUGCAAUCGCCCUUGCGGGCGCGGCGCAAACAAUGGCCGCAGUCAGACCUCGCCCUAUUGUCUCGUCAGGAGCUAUUCAGGACCAGAUCACAAGCGAAAAGUUGAUGGGCAAUCUGAAGGCAUUCGACGCGAUUGCAAAGGCCAAUGGUGGAAACCGUGCGUUUGGUCUUCCUGGCUAUGCAGCCUCGGUCGACUACAUACUUGAAAAGACACAAAAUACACAUUUCAAGACAUGGACCCAGGAUUUCCCUGCUCUGUUCAACCGAGUCGAUUCCAUCGAUUUCACGGUGAGCAACACCUCGUACCGUGUUGUAGGAUUGACGUAUUCUCCCUCUACCCCACCGGAAGGUCUGACGCUUCCGCUCGCGCUGGGUGCUACCGGAGCUGCGGGCUGCACAAAAGAGGGAUAUAGCAAUCUGGACGUAAAAGGAAAGAUUGCUCUCGUGCAGCGCGGCUCAUGCCCAGACGGUACCACAUUCGCCGGACGCAUGAAGGCAGCUGCAGCCGCAGGUGCAUCAGCCGUCGUUAUCUACGCCAGUGAUCGGUCCAAUGUCACUGGCGGAACCCUCUCCAACCCCAACCCACUCGAGUACGUCUCGACUGGGUACAUCAACCUCGCUGACGCCGAGCCCAUUGUUGCCCGGCUUACCGCCGGCGAGACUGUCGAGGCCCACUUUCAGCAAACCCAGGUUAUCGAGGAACGCAUUACACAGAAUGUCUUCACCGAGACCAAGGACGGUGAUCCCGAAAAUGUCAUCAUGCUCGGCGCGCAUCUCGACAGUGUCCAGGCCGGUGCAGGUAUCAACGACGACGGCUCCGGCAGCACCCUGAUUCUCGAAAUCGCCCGCGCCCUUCGCAGAUUCAACGUCAAGAACAAAGUCCGCUUUGCCUGGUGGGGCGCCGAAGAGAACGGCCUCCUAGGCUCCAAAUACUACACCCAGAACCUCAAUGCCACCGAGGCCAACAACAUCCUCACAUACCUCAACUUCGACAUGGUCUCCCGUGGCUACUUCGGCGUCUUCGACGGCGACGGCAGCACCUACAACCUCACCGGCGCCCCCGGCUCCGACGCAAUCGAAAAGCUCUUUGUCGAGCACUUCACCAGCAAAGGCGUAAAUGUAACCGCGGCCCGCUUCACUGGCGGCAGCGACUACCAAUCCUUCAUGAACAUCGGCAAGCCCGUCGGCGGCCUGCACACCGGCACAGGCGUCGAGCAGGACCCUUGCUACCACCAGGCUUGCGACACAAUCGACAACCCUAAUCCUGAAACUCUAACUAUCAACGCAAAGGCCGCCGCACACGUCCUUUCCAUCCUCGCCACCCGCGGCGAAACAAUCAUCCCCAAGAGCCCCAUCAACACCACCAUGAUCACCGCCCGUGGUAUCAUCGGCGUAGAAUCCAGGUGGACUGUCCCCGAAGAAGGCGAAAAGCACCUCGCCACAUGCGGCUACGAAAUCUAA